AUGGAUGACCGGUCGCUGGCAUGCUCUUCGGAAGCGCAGCUCGACUCCAACAUCCAGAGCACCAACGAGUUCGACACGGGCACCAGUGCCAUCGAGAACGAGUCCGAGAGGCAGCGCUGGGUUCGCGGGCAAGGGAAAGCCAUAGGGCACGCGGGCAUUCUGGCUGUACCUGAUUACCCCGAAGUGCACAUCGCGCCCGCGACCAGCUGGUCCAAACAUCCUGGGGCCUCCCAGGCUCAGCCUCAACCAGGCAGCGUGGUGGUGCAGAGGGCGGUUCUGUGCCCUAUAUCUACAGCAGCCCGCACGGCGAUCGAGGGGAUCACGACGUGGGAGCUGGAGCCGAGCUCUUUCCUGAAGCACACC